GAUUGGGAGGGAGGAAGAAAAAGAGGUAGCUGCGACUGUGGUAUGUAACUAAAUGAGUGCGUUAGGGAGGGAGGGGAGAACGCGUAAGCAAGCUGGUUUGGCCAGAAACAGAACUGCCUGUGACAGAUUAAGAGACAAGCAAGGCUUGGAAUUUGAGAGCAAGCAAAGAGAGUGGAAAUUUACAGCUGCCCUGUGUGACUGUUCAAGUGAUCAUUUUCUGCUAACAUUUCCCGGUGGUAACUGUUACUCUUCAAAGAGAGGGACAGAAAGUCAGGACGGGAUUGUGGAAACUCUCUUCUCUGCAGUGCUUUGGUAAUAGGAGGCACCCUCUGUUAAAUGGAAGAUAAAGGUUCCUUUUAAAGUACUUUGAGGGCAAGAGAGAGCUGUCUUCAGCACCUCACCAUGUGUCUACUUUUUGUCACUUAGAGCCUGGACAUUUCUAUAACAUUUGCAUUCCAUAUUGGAAGAGGAGAUUUCUGUAGAUGAAAAAAAUGCCUUUGUUUAGUAAAUCACACAAAAAUCCUGCAGAAAUCGUGAAAGCUCUGAAGGACAACAUGGCCAUCUUGGAAAAGCAAGACAAAAAAACAGACAAGGCUUCAGAAGAAGUGGCAAAAUCACUGCAAGCAAUGAAAGAAAUUCUGUGUGGGACAAGUGACAAGGAAUUCCCAACAGAAGCUGUGGCUCAGCUAGCACAAGAACUCUAUAAUAGUGGGCUACUGGUGACACUGAUAGCUGACUUACAGCUGAUAGACUUCGAGGGUAAAAAAGAUGUGACCCAGAUAUUUAACAACAUCCUGAGAAGACAGAUAGGCACUCGCAGUCCUACUGUGGAGUACAUUAGUGCUCAUCCUCAUAUCCUGUUUAUGCUCCUCAAAGGAUAUGAAGCUCCACAGAUUGCCUUACGUUGUGGGAUUAUGCUGAGAGAAUGUAUUCGACAUGAACCACUUGCCAAAAUAGUCCUCUUUUCUAGUCAAUUCAGAGAUUUCUUUAAGUACGUGGAGUUGUCAACAUUUGAUAUUGCUUCAGACGCCUUUGCUACUUUUAAGGAUUUGCUAACCAGACAUAAAGUGUUGGUAGCCGACUUCUUAGAACAAAAUUAUGAUACUACUUUUGAAGACUAUGAGAAAUUACUUCAGUCUGAGAAUUAUGUAACUAAGAGACAAUCUUUAAAGCUGCUAGGUGAACUGAUCCUGGACCGACACAACUUUGCCAUUAUGACAAAGUACAUCAGCAAGCCAGAGAACCUGAAGCUGAUGAUGAACCUCCUUCGAGAUAAAAGCCCCAACAUUCAGUUUGAAGCCUUUCACGUCUUUAAGGAUGGUAUAUUAGUUUCCUAGAGCUGCCAUAAUAAAGUACCAUAGACUGAGUGGAUUAAAACAACAGCAAGUUACUGACUCAAGGACCUGAGACUAGAAGCCCAGGAUCAAGGUGUCAGCAGGAUUGGUUCCUUUUGGAGGCUCUCAGGGAGAACCUAUACUGUGCAUCUCUCCUCGCUCCUAGUGGUUGCCAGCAAUCCUUGGCAUUCCUUGACUUAUAGAUGUGUAAUUCCAAUCUCUGUCUUCAUCUCCAUAUGAUGUUUUCCUCUGUGUGUCCCUAUGUGUCUCUUUGUCCAAAGUUCCCUCUUCUCAUUAGAAUACUAGAUACUGGAUUAGUGCCCACGCUAACCCAGUAUGAGCUCGGCUUAAUUUGAUUACAUCUGUGAAGCCCCUGAAUCCAAAUAGUCAUAAUUACCGGAACUGAGGGCUAGAACUUGAACAGUCAUCUUUUAAGGGGACACAAUUCAACCCAGUAUGUUUGGUGAAGUAUAUUAAUUGAUUUUAGUAUGUUGAACCACCCUUGGAUUUCUGGAAUCAAUCCUAUUUGAUCAUAGCAUAUAACCCUUUUAAUAUGAUGCUGGACUUGGUUGUUCACCUUUUGUUGAAGACUUUUGUUGAAAUCUUUAUUCAUAAAGGGUAUUGGUCUGUCGUUUUCUUGUGAUGUCUUUGUCUGGCUUUGGUAUCAGAGUAAUUCUGGUCUCAUAGAAUGAGUUAGAAAGUGUUUCCUUCUCUUUCAUUUUUGGAAAAAUUUGAGAUGUAUUGGCAUUAAUUCUUUAAAAGUUUGUAGAAGCAAAAUGGGAUUAGAAAUGGUGGCGUGAGAGGUGAAACAGAGACCUCCUCCUGAAACCACAUAUAAUAUGAAAACAUAAUUUAAUACAACUCAUCCUGAAAGAGCAACAGGAAAGAAGGCUGCAACAGACUGCAUACACCUAGAGAAAAGAGCAGACCUAACAGAACAGAGUAACGUACCAAAGCUAUGACCCAACAGGGCCCAAGCCCUUCCCCCACCCCAGCUCAUCAGAGGGAGAAAGACAAACAGAGUGGGGAGGGAGUGGAGGCCUGGAACUGCUGAACACAUAGCCCUGGAGAUCUGCUCUGGGAGCAUGAACCUACAAUGCAUGGUGCUCUGGUGAUUUAGUGCAGUUGGAAAGCUAAGACAGGUGGAAUACCUGGAGAGACAGAGAUUCCAGCUGCUUGUGGAAAACAGGGAUUCAUAUCUGGCUAAUCUGGGUGGGCAGUCUGAGAGACUUCCUAACAGCAAGAGGGUGGCUAAAGGGGCAAGGAUUGCACAGAGCUUACUGCUCAGGAGAAAGAACAGGUAGACAAAAUUGUCCAGGUGCACUCUGCCCAGCAGGUUGGGAACUUAAAUGAUCUUCAGGUGCUCCAUCCCCCUGGCUGGCUACACAGCUCCAAGGCUCACCCCACCAUGAUACGCAGCCUGUUGUGUCUUCCACCUGGCUAGCCUGCACAUGGCUUAGGAUUGCAAAUUAGCAACCCCUGCCUUGGUGUCAGGCCAUCAGAGGGAAAUCCUGCCUAUGGCAGCUACAAACACAAAGCAUAGAGGCUUACACCUGUGUGUUUGGCCCACUGGUUCAGGCAGUGGAGACAGGCAUAGUAGCCAGGAAGCAGGAAAAAGAUCUUUCCUCCCCCCAGGCACCAAUACCACUCCCCUGAGACCCUGACAUUGCUUCAGGGGCUGAGAAGCUCCAGAGAGUAGAGCUUCUCGUCACUACAGGGCACCACAGACGAAUUAUGAAACGUCAAAGGAACCUGGUUCAAAGCAAAAUUAUGAAUACACCUGAGAAGGAUUCAAAUGAAAAUGACCUCAUGGAUCUUUCUGAAAGGGAUCUCAAAAUAAAAAUCAUUUAACAUCCUCAUGGAGGUACAGAAAAAUAUUCAAGAACUCAGGAACGAAUUUAGGACAGAGAUCCAAUCAUUGAAGAACACAAUGAAGUGUAUUAGGAGCAGAUUAGAUAUGGUGGAGGAGACGAUAAAUGAAAUAGAAAUUAAGGAAGAAGAAUACAAAGAAGCUGAGGCACAAAGAAAAAAGGAUCUCUAAGAAUGAAAGAAUACUGAAAGAAAUGUGUGACCAAUCCAAACAGAACAAUAUUUGUAUUAUAGGGGUACCAGAAGAAGAAGAUAGAGAAAAAGAGAUAGAAAGUGUGUUUGAGGAAGUAAUUGAUGAAAACUUCCCCAAUAUGGGGAAGGAGAUAGUCUCUCAAGCCAUGGAGGUGCACAGAUCUCCCAACACAAGGGACCCAAGGAGGACAACACCAGGAUAUAGUGAUUAAAAUGGCAAAGGUCAAGGAUAAGGACAGACUAUUAAAAGCAGCCAGAGAGAGAAAUCAGAUCACAUACAAAGGAAAACUAUCAGGCUAUCAUCAGACUUCUCAGCAGAAACCUUACAGGCCAGAAGGGAGUGGCAUGAUGUAUUUAAUGCCAUGAAGCAGAAGGGCCUGGAACCAAGAUUACUUUAUCCAGCAAGAUUAUCAUUUAAAUUUGAAGGAGGGAUUAAACAAUUUCUAGAUGAGCAAAAGCUGAGAGAAUUUACCUCCCACAAACCAUCUCUACAGUGUAUUUUGGAGGGACUGCUAUAGAUGGAAGCGUUCCUAAGGUUAAAUAGCUGUCACUCACCACAGGUAAUAAAAAUGGAUAAACAAAUAGUACAGAAUAUGGUACCUAAUAUAUAAAGAAUGGAGGAUGAAGAAAAGGAACCUUUAGGUUGUAUUUGUAAUAGCAUACUAAGUGAGUUAAGUUAGACCGUUAGAUAGUAAGGAAGUUACCCUUGAACAUUCGGUAACCACAAAUCCAAAGCCUGCAAUGGCAAUAAAUACAUACCUAUUGAUAAUCAUCCUAAAUAUAAAUGGACUGAAUGCACCAAUCAAAAGACAUAAGUCACUGAAUGGAUAAAAAAAUAAGACCCAUAUAUAUGCUGCCUACAAGAGACUCACUUUAAACCCAAAGACAUGCACAGACUCAUAGUGAAGGGAUGGAGAAAGAUACUUCAUGCAACUAAUAGGGAGAAAAAAGCAGGAGCUGCAGUACUUGUUACAGACAAAAGAGACUUGCAAACAAAGUCACAAGAGACAAAGAAGGACAUUACAUAAUGAUAAAGGAGUCAGUCCAACAAGACGAUGAACCAUGAUAAAUAUCUAUGCACCCAACACAGGAGCACUGACAUGUGAAACAAAUGCUAACAGAAUUAAAAGGGGUAAUCGAAUGUAGUGCAUUCAUUCUAGGAGACUUCAACACUCCAUUCACUCCAAAGGACAGAUCAAUCAGACAGAAAAUAAGGAAGGAGACACGGGCAUUGAACAACACAUUAGAAAAGAUGGACCUAACAGACAUCUACAGAACUCUCCACCCAAAAGAAGCAGGAUACACAUUCUUUUCAAGUGCAUAUGGAACACUUUCAAGAAUAGACAACAUAUUAGGCCACAAAAAGAGCCUCAGUAAAUUCAAAAAGAUUGAAAUUGUGCCAACCAACUUCUCAGAUCACAAGGGUAUAAAACUAGAAAUAAAUUGUAUGAAGAAAACAAAAAUACUCACAAACACAUGGAAGCUUAACAUGCUCCUAAAUAAUCAAUGGAUCAAUGAUCAAAUUAAAACAGAGAUCAAGCAAUAUAUGGAGACAAUUCAAAACAACAGCACAACACCCCAACUCCUGUGGGAUGCACCGAAGGCAGUUCUAAGAGGAAAGUGUAUAGCAAUCCAGGCCUAUUUAAAGAAGGAAGAACAAUCCCAAAUGAAUAGUCUAAAUUUACAAUUAUUGAAACUGGAAAAAGAAGAACAAAUGAAGCCCAAAGUCAGCAGAAGGAGGGACAUAACAAAGAUCAGAGAAGAAAUAAAUAAAAUUGAGAAAAAUAGAACAAUACAAAAAAGUUAAUGAAAACAAGAGCUGGUUCUUGAGAAAACAAACAAAAUAGAUAAAUCCCUAGCCAAACUUAUUAAGAAAAAAGAGAAUCUACAUACAUAAACAGAAUAAGAAAUGAGAACGGAAAAAUCACGACGAUGGACAC